CUUUUUCUCGCCGGCAAAAGUUCAAGCGCAUUCCUCGACGGCACAACCACCCUUUACACAUACGGACGAUUUACUUUCGAGAAAACUAGGUGCCUUACUCGCUCCAAAAAGUUUGCGCUCUUGUACACUCGGAAACACAUUUUCCCACGCAAGAUCAACCCCCCCACCUUGCGUCUCCCAAACCACACAGCCCGACAAUGGGCAAAGUCAAGACGCCCCGACGGGCGGGCACCGCGUCCAGCUCACCCUACGACCGAAAAGGCGGCAACAACGCCGCGGCAGCGGCGGCAGCAGCGCCCAGCAAGAACAAUGUGUUUCGGUUCAAAAAGGACUACGGCCAACACAUCCUCAAGAACCCAGGCAUAGCCGAGGAGAUCGUCAAGAAGGCGUACCUGCGGCCGACGGACACGGUGCUCGAGGUCGGACCGGGAACCGGCAACCUGUCGGUCAAGAUCCUGGAGCGGGCGCAGAAGCUCAUCGCCGUCGAGCUGGACCCGCGCAUGGGUGCCGAGCUCACCAAGCGCGUCCAGGGCAAGCCGGAGCAGAGGAAGCUCGAGGUCAUACUGGGAGACGUCAUCAAGGCCGACCUGCCGCCGUUCGACGUCCUCAUCAGCAACACCCCUUACCAGAUCUCCAGUCCGUUGGUCUUCAAGAUGCUGGCGCUGCCAAACCCGCCUAGGUGCAUGGUGCUCAUGUUUCAGAGGGAGUUCUCGUCGAGGUUGACGGCCAGGCCCGGGGAGGCGCUCUAUUCGCGAUUGUCCGUCAACGUCCAGCUCUUUUCCAAAGUCACACACAUCAUGAAGGUCGGCAAGGCCAACUUCAAACCCCCACCGCAGGUCGAAUCAUCAGUCGUGCGCAUCGAGCCCAAGCUCGGCCGCGAGCGACCAAACGUGUCGUGGGAAGAGUGGGACGGCAUGCUGCGCGUGUGCUUCAACCGCAAGAACAAGACCCUGCACGCAUCCUUCCUCGGCGUCAAGGAGGUCCUCGCCAUGGCCGAGCGCAACUACAAGGUCUGGUGCACCAUGAACGACAUACCCGUCGACGAGAGCGUCGUCGAGACGGCGGAUGGAGACGUCGAGAUGGAGGCGGACGACGGAGAGUGGGGUGGCAUCAUGGAUGUGGAUGACGAUGCUGGUGAGGGCGGUGGUGAUGAUGAUGACGUUCCGGAAUUCUUCAAGGAAAAGGCCCCGGCUCCCGUGGCCAAGACGCCGAGCAAGAGGAAAAAGACAAAGGUUGGCGAGCUGGUCAGGUCGAAAAUCGAAAAGGUCCUCAAUGACACGGACUUGGCUGAGCAGCGUGCCAACAAGUGCGACCAGAACGACUUUUUGAGGUUGUUGGCUGCGUUCAACGCUGAAGGCAUUCACUUUGCAUGAACAUUCUUGUUUGACUUUUUUUUUUCUUUCUUCAUAUUGGGUUGGCAUUUUAUUGGUUGGACUGGGUGGCGUUGGGGAGUUUAUCCGGAAGAUUAAAAAAAAAGAGAUAGCUACAUGUUUUUUGCCUUGGCAUUCAGUAUGCGGCGUAUGGAAAAUAAUUGGUUAUUGCACAAUAUGUG